GUCUGUCAUAUGCGAGAGCAGGAAUGAUUCUGGAGAACGAGGCUCAGUGCUUGCAAGGCGCAUGGCCAACUUCCGCUCCCUAGUCGAAUCACCAGCGAGUGUCUGUCUCCGCCUGGCAUGCAAAUUGAGGCUCCGAGACCGCUCCCUUCAAGCAUCUGGGGAUUUCCACCGCGAAGAGCGCCUGCUGCUCUACCGGACGAAUUUUGGCAUGAACUAUGGGCUAGUUGAGCUUGCUCGGGAGACCGCUGAGGAACUUGAUAGCGAGCCGCACGGCUUCUUUUCGACGGUCUGUCUUUGUCAGAGGCCUCCGAGAGACACAUGGAUUGCUUUCUCGAGCUGUGUGGAGAGGACGGCGUUUGCCAACAGCGUUCGCUUUCUCGAGCACUUGAAAAACGAACCCCCAUCUCCUCUUGGCAGCCGGUUUCUGAGCUUGUCUCCAGAUCCGCGGCAGCACGGGCUCGGCGACUAUCAGAAACUGGUCCACGCCGCAAGGGUCUACAUAUUCCAGGAGAAAUGGGCCGAAGCUCUCGCCUUGCUCACGUGCAGUUGCUCGCUCGGCGUCCAUUUCCACGUCUCUGUUGGCAGUCCAGCGCCGAAAGAGCUGGACCCAAGCGCAAAAUAUGACUCCUGGGCAGAGGAGGCUCUUCGCUAUGCCGAGAUGGGCAAGGCUCGUGGCAUCGGAGACUCACUCCAGAAGCACCACGGAGCUGGGUUUCUGGACGCGAACCCGAAAACAAGGCUGCAGGGAGACGAGGGCCGUCUCGAGCAGCUCCCGACCUAG